UCGCCAGAUUUUUGAGAAUUUUCUUGGCCAUAUUUAGUAAGAGUUAGGGUAAUGAAGCUGCAAUGGUGUCAAUUGGAGAGGGAGUGUCUCGGUUGUUGGAUGUUCCAGUCGUUUGGGCGCUCAGUCACGAGUGGUAGCGUAGCCCCUGAAGCCGAAAAGGGUAUCUUUUCUGUCAGAUGCUUCACUUUCUUUUAGGCUGCUUCUGCUCCGAAGGUUUUUCGGGCCGUUCUGUGUUUAUUUCCUGUUUUGUUGCUCAAGGUUGCGGGAGUGAGGAGCGUGGGACGUAGCCACAGCCAUAGCCAUGGCGCUCCGAGUUGUCGCUCCGAGCACUGGGCAAGCAGCGUGUUGGGGAAUUGUGUCCUUGCGAGAUGGCGGGAGUAGGAGGAGUGAGAGCGGCGGUAGAGUUUGCAUGGCGAUGAGUUGGGAGGGGCAGCAGUAUCAGAUGUUGAAGAAGCAGCAGGUGCAGGGAUUGGGACAUUGGGGGGCGCCGAUUACAAGAAAAUCCGUCAGCAGGAGGCUGGUGCAGAGAAAUGCAUCGGCAGAGCUCGCGAAUGGGGGUGGAGACGAUGGGGGAAGUGGUGGAGUGAAGGGGUAUGGGGGUGGCGAUGGGGAUAGUGAAGAGGAAGGCAAGGGUGGAGCUGCGAACCGUGAGGAAGCUCUCAUGGUGUUGUCUGGAUUGGGCAAGACGCUUGAGAACUUGCCAGCCGAUCUCGCCUCCGCGAUUCAGGAGGGACGCAUCACUGGCGCUAUUGUGACGAAGUUCUUCGAGUUGCAGGACUCCAAGUUCUUGGGCUGGUUGCUGAAUUUUAGCGGAUUCAAGGAGCGGCUUCUUGCUGAUGAUUUGUUUAUGACGAAAGUUGCGAUCGAAUGUGGCGUGGGGAUUUUUACUAAGACAGCUGCUGAGCUGGAGAAGCGGAAAGAGAAUUUUUCGAAGGAGCUGGACUUCGUCUUUGCUGAUGUGGUGAUGGCUCUGAUUGCUGACUUUAUGCUGGUGUGGCUACCAGCCCCAACGGUGUCAUUGCGUCCUAGGCUGACCGCAGGCGCUGGAGGGCUUGCGAAAUUCUUUUACAAUUGUCCUGAUAACGCUUUCCAGGUUGCACUUACAGGGCAAACCUUUACUCUUUUGCAACGUGCUGGUGCCAUUGUGAGAAAUGGGUCCAAGUUGUUGGCUGUCGGUACAACAGCCUCACUGGUCGGAACAGCCUCUACGAAUGCCUUAAUUGCAAUUCGUCGAAAGGUGGAUAAGAAUUUUGAGGGAGAGUCGGAAGAUAUUCCAAUCCUUCAAACGAGUUUGGCCUAUGGAGUUUACAUGGCUGUCUCCAGUAACUUGCGGUACCAAAUUCUGGCAGGAGUGGUUGAGCAGCGCAUAUUGGAGCCAAUGCUGCACAAUCAGAAGUUGCUUCUUAGUGUGAUGAGUUUUGCUGUUCGCACCGGAAAUACGUUCCUUGGUUCAUUGAUGUGGGUGGAUUACGCACGAUGGGUUGGAGUACAGAAGGACAGAGGUUCUGAAGAAGCUGUCGCAGCCAUUGAGGAUGCUGCUCAAGCUGUUGCCGGAGCUACAGGAUCAGCGCCUGCUUAGAGUUUUUAGCAUCACUUGCAUCUGUGAGGACAUAUGCAACUAAUUCACCUUCUCAACUUAAAAUCUCUUUAGUGAUGGUAGUUCUACCGUAAUAAGUUCAUUUCUUCGUGCACGACUUCAGGAAAGAGCUGGCCUCAACUUCUUUUGAAAAAUUCAAAUUUAAUUUUUAACGAAGGUGAACUAGACGCUUCCUUACUGUAAGUUAAGUUUUGAGCUACAUCUAGCAUAUACGAUGGACAUUCUUGUACAUCAUGAUUCCCGAUGUCACAGCAAAUGGCAUUUGAAGAUUGUGAUCCAGUAUUUUUAUGGUCUCUUCUGACGCUUA